GUCGAGAUGCACAUCCAGGUCGAGGAGCGUGUGUUUUCUUCCAUUGCAGAUUCAAGUGGAUGUCUUGGUAGUGCGCUUGUGGCAGGUGAUUCCAACGUACAUCGUAUCCAAGCAGCGAUUCUAAAUUGGUCCACUAUUCGAUGCCUCCCAGUAUCAGGAGCCAAGUUUGUGAAUGACAAGAAGGGAUUUGUGGCAGUUCUGCAGCUUUCAUUGAAGAAGGAGUUUUACCCAUGUGUCUAUAUUCAUCUUGGCUCCAAUGAUGUUCAAGCCAGAGAGGAUGUGUUUUAUAGGAGAGUCACUGAGGUAUGUGAUAGUAUCCACGAGACGAGUCCGGAAACUGAGAUUGUUUUAUGUUCUAUUCUGCCACGAAAAAAGAAUGACAGACGAGUAUCUUCAACAUUAGCGAGAGUCUUCAACAGAUGGAUCCAGAAUGCUAACACCAUGCUAAUGGACAUUUCAGAGGCCAUCCCAUACAUCAGAUUCCUUGGAUAUGGAGCUCAGGAAUGUGCUGAUGUGUUGGGUCGUGAUGGACUUCAUCUGAGUGGUGUUGGUGGUAGACAUUGUAGUCAGGUGAUUGAGGAGGAUGUGUAUUCCUGGAGUGAAAUAGCCUAUCAGCAGGAUGUACAUUGGAAUGAAGACAUACGCCAACCACAUUCAGCAGAGAUUGAUGCAUCAAGCUUUGACCAGUGCCUGGCAGCUGCUGUUGAACCAGUCAGUGACCAGAAUGUCCAGGCCAGCAAGCAGCCUCUGUACUCGGAAAUAGUCCGUUUGCCAGCAGCUGAAGUUCCAGAUGUUACCUCAGUGCAGCAUAAUGUGAAGUUACCAAGGCGCAAUGUAUUGAAGGUUGAUGAAUGUGCUAGAUCAGCCAGACCAUGUAACCACAGAUCAAACAAACAUCGAAGGGCAAGGCGAAGAAAAUUUACGCAACACAGACAGCUGAAAGUUCAAAGAUCUGAGCAGUAUAAAGAUCACGUUGAAAUUCCGUUGACAUCUGAUGUAACGGUAAAGGUGAAGGCAGACAAUGUACAUAGCAUCUGGAUGUGCCCGAAAGAAAACGCCAUUACCACAAAGAAGUGCCUACCUGUCUGCUCUACAAUGACUGGAGUUAAGAAGAUAAACAAGCAGACAUGGUUUGACUGCCCCCUAUGCCCAGUGAAGUGUUCUAGAGAAGAUUUCCUACUGGACCAUUUCUGUCGUCGCCAUGUACCUGGAGGGACCAAAUACAAGAAGAACACUGACAAUUCUUUCUGUCAUCGGAAAUCAACGAAGAGCAGCAGAAGUCAGCCAAACUCGAAGAGCACCAUUUCAACAUCCAGCCUGAACCCUGUAGAAAAAACUUCACCUCCCCAUCAAGAUGAAUUGGAUAUCGCAGAUCACGCCGAUUUCUCCAAAUUAAAAUUACUUUUAUCAAAUGAUGUUGAGCAAAAUCCUGGACCUGUGUAGAAUGCAUCCUUUUGAAGGGCAAGACUUGUGUUCGACUCCCAGCAGUGGCAACAUUAUGUGCAAUUUUGAAUAUUGUCAGUAUGUUUACCAGGGAAGCAGUUCAUCUUUACACUUUGCAAAUAUAACCUAGUGAAAAAGUGAAUCAAAUAACAUUUAGACAAUUCAUUUUUGGCAAAUGUUUUAAACAAAACUUUCAAAAUGCAUACAUUUUGUAGUAUUAAUAAAACAUGAUAUCAUUGCACAAACAAUUUUAAUAUAGACUGUGUAAUAAUAUCAAGUUGUAUUACAAUUAAAUGAACAUGGCAACUAUUAUAAAACAAACAGUUGGCUAGACAUGGUAAGAAUCAUAACUAUAAAAUCUGACUAGCAUCAAACCGAUGUUAAUAAUACAACAUGAACUGGCAAGAAUCUCCACAAAUCAUAUAUAAAUCAAUAGUUCGAAUGAUAAAUGACUAGAAUCAAUGACUGAACCAUUUAACUCUUAGAGCGCUGUCAGAAUUGUACAGGUCUCUGGGGGUUUUUUUAAAGACAAAAGCUGUAUAUUAAAUAAUUUGUUUUAAAAUAAGAAAAUAUGCAUUCAUUUUGAAUACUACAAACUAGCAUUUCAGUAAACCACCUAGGUUUAAACAGCCAAAUGUUCGCUUGCAUCUGUUCUAAUUCUCUAAAAAUCCAAACCAAUGUAAGAUAUCGAAAUGGAGAAAAUAGGUUUAACAUUGUUUUAUGUUUUUACCCAUUCAUUUCAGAUCCAUUUGGUGUUAAGUUUUAGCUACACGAAGAAACUUACGCAUCGAGGGAAGAUCAGCUCAAGAUCCAAUCUUUGCAAACGUUCAUGACCAGGAUGCCUUGCUUCAGGAGCUCCAUGGUGACCGAUACUUUGAUGUGUUCGAGUUUAACGCCCCUCGCAAGUACUGGGCCUGCUUCAUGUGUAACCACCCGAAGAAAAUGUCUGAGCUGAUGCCUGAUGGAAGUCCAGUCAUUGCUGGUCAGUUGAAGGAGAAGAAAGGGCGCUGGAAGUUUCUGAAGCGGUGGAAGAACCGAUACUUUACUCUCUCCGGCAGCCAGAUAACCUACAGCAAAAGUGAUUCG